GGUGGUCCUGCUGCUGCCUGGGGUGUUGCACAAAGCGGGGAGGGUAUUUAACCCCCUGCAGAGCCGCCUCAGAUCCCUUCCGAGCUCCGAACGCUAACAGCUGAAGAAAUAGCAGGGUGUUUGCCUCACCUUUCCGCAGGGUAUCGCUUUCAGCUGACUCUGGCAGAGCCGUCAUGACUGAAACAACAGGUUACUCUGGCGGGGGGCCCGUCCUCAUCAAAAACCCGCACCUGGACUCGAUGGAGGAGGACAUUCUGUAUCACCUGGACUUGGGAACAAGGACGCACAACCUGCCCGCUAUGUUUGGGGACAUAAAGUUUGUCUGCGUUGGCGGCAGCCCGAACAGGAUGAAGGCGUUUGCCCAGUUCAUGCACAAGGAGCUGGGGCUCGAGGGCAGUGGGGAGGACGUGGCUGACAUCUGCGCGGGGACGGACCGCUACGCCAUGUACCGCACGGGGCCGGUGCUCUCCAUCAGCCACGGGAUGGGCAUCCCUUCCAUUUCCAUUAUGCUUCAUGAGCUGAUCAAACUGCUGCACCACGCAAAAUGCCGAGACGUUACUAUUAUACGCAUCGGUACUUCUGGAGGCUUAGGGAUCAAGGCCGGCUCCGUUGUGAUCACGGACACGGCCGUAGACGCCUCCUUCCAGCCGCGGUUCGAGCAGGUGGUGCUGGGCGACGUGGUGGUGCGCAGCACGGACCUGGACAGGGAGCUCGCGGAGGAGCUCCUCGCCUGCAGCAAGGAGGUCCCCGACUUCCCCACACUCAUUGGGCACACCAUGUGCACCUACGAUUUCUACGAAGGUCAGGGGAGAUUAGAUGGCGCGUUGUGCUCGUUCUCCAGUGAAAAAAAGCUGGAAUACUUAAAAAGAGCUCACAAGGCUGGCGUGAGGAACAUCGAAAUGGAGUCCACGGCAUUCGCUGCCAUGUGCAGGCUGUGCGGUUUGAGAGCUGCUGUUGUCUGCGUGGCGCUCCUGGACCGCCUGGAGGGGGACCAGAUCCGGGCACCCCGCGAGGUGCUGCGGGAGUACCAGCAGCGGCCUCAGCGCCUGAUCGCCGCCUUCAUCCGGAGACGCCUGGGGCUGCGCCCGCUGCCAGCGACUGAGGGCACCACCGACCGGCACGGCCUGUGAGCGGCAGCUGGGCCCCGGUGCCGCCAGCGCCCAUGCACACACCGGGGGCACACGGGACCAAGCCCUGGCACCGAGCAGGCCCUUCCUAGGAAGCCAAAAGGAGGAACUCGGUCACAACGCGCUCCCCCAGGGCCGAGCAGGCGCUGCUGCCCAUGUGGCUGGGUAUCACAAACACCGGUGCCGGAGCUGUGGGCCUCGAAUGGUUUGAAUUGCACCGAUGUCAUCGAGCAUCCAAGGAGAGCAGCAGUGAAAUUCGCUGAGGAAAUGAGUGUGUCACCAGGCUGGCUCCUGCUCAAGGAACACGAAGGGCUGUCCCGUUGGGCUGGCUCCUGCUCACCCUGCCCCUGGGCAGAGGAUAACUUUGCUUCAGGUGCAUUGCCAAAAGCAACGGCAUAGCAAAAUUAAUUUGCACUUGAGAACAGUGCUGUUACUGCUGUUACAACAGGCGUUCAGACUCACAUUCAUGCAGUAUGGAAUGGUGCUUGAACCUCGUGUGGCCCCAGAGCCCAGCAGGGCAGGGAGCACACACCAACAUCUGCACCAAGCUGGUGUCACCAGCUGCAGCCACUGCUCCUCCACACCACACACCGAGGAUGCAAUGAUCUCUAAGUGUCACCAUGAGCUGUAAAAGGCCAAAUUGCUCCUGGGCAGUGGGUGGAGGGGCUCUCACAGGGGUGUGUGUACAGCCUGGCCAACUUCCUACUGAAAUUGCUUCCAGUUUUGAAGGCUCACUUACAAGGUCGCUUGCAAAUUAAUUUUGACAGCUUUAGAACUAUGAGAUUUAAGAGUUCAGAUAAAUAAAUUUUUUACAUAUUGAAAAA